GCUUCUGUGGACGUGUAGAAUCCAUGGCCGCGAAUGGGGUGGAAAAUAAGAGGGUGUGUGGAUUAUGACUUACAUCCAGAGGAUAAACGGUAUAUUUUAUUUUUUCCGCAUUGCACUUUACUAGUUCCUAUUUGCGGUAAUUUUGCGAUAGUCCGAUCGGAGUCUGCGCCAAGGUUGCCUGUUUGCAAAGGGUUCGAUCUGCUAAGAUAACUGCAAGGGGAAGCUUUGCGUCUCCCCUGAGAGCUGAGAUCGCCACUAUCCGCCUAUAUGAUGCCGCGGGAUAACACGAGUUCUCUUAUCCAAAGAAUUGCAAGACAAGCCCAUGUUACUUAUAAAAACACGGGCUCAUCUGCAAGCGGGGCCAAUAAUAAAGUAUUUUUAGAGGACCACAGUAAACUUUGUAACCUUUUAAAUGAAAUCAAGGCGGCGGAUCUAAAAAUUGCACCAAGGAAAAGAAGGAGUUCUAAGUCUCUGGGUAGUAGUCCUCCGGUCACGUACAUGCACAUAUGCGAAACGAAUGGUUUUAGCAUGGGGGUGUUUCUGCUGAAGACGGGAUCCUCCAUCCCGCUGCACGACCACCCGGGGAUGAAUGGCAUGCUGAAAGUCCUCUACGGCAAGGUCAGUAUCAGGUGCUUCGACAAGGUGGAUGAGUCACCUGCUGCCGGGACUGAGGCGCGUUUCCAUCCCCCGUUGCUGCCCUUUCAGAGGGAAACUUUGCGAAGGUCGGUGUUGGGCUCCGUCUGCGAGAUUUCCGAGGACAGCGGUCCCUGCAUUCUCACCCCCCAGAAGGACAACCUACAUCAGAUCGAUGCGGUGGACGGACCGGCAGCUUUUUUGGACAUACUGGCACCCCCGUACGACUCCGAUGACGGGAGAGACUGUCACUAUUACAAAAUUCUCCGGCCAGUUUUGGAGAACGCGGAUGAGAAGCCGGAGCAACAGGAGGACGAAAUGUGGUUAUUAGAAAUCCCACAGCCGGGAGACUUCUGGUGUGGUAGCGAGCCGUACCCUGGCCCCAAAAUUUCUAUAUAAAUCAAAUUUUUCUAUGAAAAAUGUAAAAGACACGCGACUUCAUAAAGGGAAAGGAAUUCCAUUCUGCUGAAUGUGCGUCAUCGGCGGAACAGUGACAGUUGUUUACUGGACAUUUCUCAGGACAUGCUUGCUUCAUGGAUUAUUCUCUUGUAUACACAUUAUGCAUUUAAUGCUGAAUAUUUAGCGGGCUUUUGGCAAUAUGUAGCCACUGUGACCGUCGGCUGUAUCCCAAGGGAGAUGUUUUCUGUAGCGACACAAUGGACGAAGUGAAAGUCGUCAAGGAACUCUGUUUAAUUAAUUUACGAUAAUUGUUGUCUGUAUUGUAUCCUGAAUGUGCUGUACAUCGUCUUAUUUUCCAUCACUCGAACACCAAAAUACAACCUCUCAUCUAGGCAAAAUAUAUAAUUUUUUAGAACACUAUUAGGUACUCUAAGGCUACAUAGGCCUACCAAUUGUCAUCAAGUAAUAUUUAAGCAAUAAAAUAUCAAAUUUUUAAUUCUUUGUCCUCACUUCUGUGAACCCUAUAAUGAUAUAGCGAGAAAUGUUGACACACAGCCGUUGCAAAUGUAACGCAAAUGCCUUGUAUUGUUUAUGUACAUUUACAAUAAUGCAUUUUUGUAGGAAAACUGAAAUAGAUUCUUACAAGUCA